AUGGAGUGCUGUAUAACUGUACGCUGUGUCUGUCUCAGGUGUACGGAGGAGGUGAAGCUGGGGGAGGAGGACCCCAGGCCCAGGCUCUGUUAUAAUGUGGAGUUUACGUUUGAUGCCGACGCUCGAGUUGCCAUCACCAUCUAUUACCAGGCGACAGAAGAGUUCCAGAGUGGCUGUGCCAUAUACACUGCAAGAGAGCGCCUCCUGCAGUCAGAAACAGUGCAUUACAAGCGGGGAAUGUGCCAGAGUUUCUGUCUGCCUUCACACACUGUACAGCCCUCCCAGUGGGUUGAGGAGGAGCUGGGCUAUGAUGGUGACCGGGACAUUUACCCUGCGGUGAUCCAGGCCGUGGUUGCCGAGGGAGAUGAACACGUUGGACAUUCCCACGUGCUCCUGGCUACGUUUGAUAAGCACGUGGAUGGCAGCUUCUCCCUGAAGCCCCUCAAACAGAAGCAGGUGGUUGACGGUGUCAGUUACCUUCUCCAGGAAAUCUACGGAAUAGAAAAUAAAUACAAUUCCCAGGAAUCUAAGGUGACAGAUGAUGAAGUCAGUGACAACAGUGCGGAGUGUGUUGUCUGCCUGUCUGACGUGCGGGACACCCUGAUCCUGCCAUGCCGCCAUCUGUGUCUGUGUAACGCCUGCGCCGACACCUUGCGAUAUCAGGCCAACAAUUGCCCCAUUUGCCGAUUACCAUUCCGGGCUCUGCUUCAGAUCCGGGCAAUGAGGAAGAAGCUGGGGCCUCUGUCGCCAACCUCCUACAAUCCCGUCAUCGCCUCACAGGUCUCCGACUCGGAAGAGCAUUCGUCGGAUCACAUCCCUCCUGGCUAUGAGGCCGUCUCCUUACUGGAGGCUCUGAACGGGCCGCUCACCCCCUCCCCCUCGGUGCCGGGGCCUGUGAUUGGGGACGUCCUCGGCCGGUGUGUGCUGCCUGCCUACAGCACUGACCGGCACAGCCUGCCCGGUCACACUCUGUCUCCUCUCGACAGGAUGUCAGACAGCGGGAACCACAUCCUCAAGCUAAAGAAGAGCACAUCAAAAUCCUUGUCACAGAAUUCCUCGAUGCUUCGUGAGGAGGAUGAAGAAAAAUCCUUCAGUGAGAGUGAGAUCCAGGCAUCCCCGAGGAAGGUGUCUGGCCAGGACCCUGAGGAAUGUGGGGUUACUCCUGAGAGUGAAAACCUGACCUUCUCGUCCUCUGGAGCUGUGGAGCCAUCUUCCUGUACGGGAACUCCCCUCUCCUCCACCAUCACCUCCCCAGAGGAUCCUGUAAGCAGCAGCCUCCCCCAGUCUGUCAUGUCCAUGGCCUCGUCCCAGAGUCAGAACUCGCAGAUCAGCACUGACACCCUGUCUUCCAUGUCUGGGUCCUACGUGGCGGGAGGAAGGGAGGAGUUUGAGGAUGUUGGUGAGGCGGUGGCUGAGCGACUGGCCCUGCCCGAGGAGGACGAGGAGACGCCGCCAGCUGAGGCCACAGACGCUAACUUCAUCAUGACAUUGGCAGAGGAGCAGGACUCUGAGGUGAUGGCCACCAGAGGGGGGCAUGUGGGGGCUGCCUGUCUGACCAAUGGGAAUGAGUUUGAGGACGAACCCGAAUCUUCUGACUUCGAAGCUGACCGGACGCUGAGCACCGUCACUGCCGUUAUCUGCGACAAUAACAAUGAGCAGAGCAGCCUGACGGGACUGGACAACGACCCACACGGGGAGGUCAGCCUGCCUGGUACACCAACCUCUGAGGUCAGCCUCCGACACCAGCUCUCCACACUGAACCACCUGGAGCGUGAGGACAGUGCGGACCUUCAGCAUCUGUACGGCCCUGUGACGGUGUAACCUGAGCUGCAUCACUCGGUCCAGAAUUAAUCCAACUCCAGCCUCUGUUUGCUGGGGUGGAAGCUGGACUUGGGGCCCAUUGCACUUUGUAGCAGUUGAGCAGCAAUAAUGCAGCAAUAGCGCUUGUGUAGUGGCCACACUUCCCGCAUGUCAGCAGCACCCGAGGGUUUGGCAAUGUUCAGCAUGUGACACAACCACACGGUCCUCGGGGUCUGUGAGCUCGUACCUGCUGUCGGUUCGCUGCUGUCAGCUCCCUGGUCCCGGGGAUACUGCUCUGGUUGUUUCAGUGCAAUCAGCUGCUCANCCCCCCGGUCCGGUGUUCUCCAACCGACGCCAACCGGACACCAGGUGCUGCUCACAGGGCGGCUCCUCCCCGCAGGUCCUGCUCUGUGUGCUCACUGUCACCGCCUCGUGGUGUGAGCAGCAAUUGUCAUUGCAGCAGUGCAGGGACCUCACCGAAGCACUGGCUCAUUCAAUGACAAUUUGUGGGUUUCUCUCGUCCCCCUGUAUUUAAUGGGCUAAAGGUACCAGCAAACAGACCUCUGUUUGUCAUUGUUAAUUUUGUGUAGUCAUGGCUUAUACUGAGGGAUCACUUCCCCCAUCCCCACACAGUGAGUGAUAUGUUAGUUACUGUGAACUGUACUUGUGAAAAGCUGCUUCUUGCGUUGCUACUGGGGACGCUCUGUGCAAUAUCUGUCCUCAGUGUUCUGUGAAACAUCACAUUUGUUAGAAAGUUCGCACUACAUAUUAGGCUAUAAUAUAGAAUUCUUAGAAUGCAUGUAUAAAGUAUAUCUGUUAUUUGAGGUUCUUGCUUGGGGGGCAGUGCCAGUCUGUGCCUCCCUGUAUGAAUAACUUUUAUUGACCUCUACAAGACUGAAUGAUGUAUAUAUACAAGUAUAUGUAUAUUACCAAGUUUUAUUAGAAUUUCAUUGACUGAAAGUGAUGACAAAAGGAAAUAAAAUCCAACAAAAA